UUCUAAAACUUCCAAAAAUGUUUUUCAUACACAUUAUACUGGCACGUGGUGCUGGGUUAGAGUGACUCGGUUUACUUAUUAAAUUAAGUUAUUACGUUUACACGAACAGCAUUUAACAAUCGCAAAUGGCAAAAUCAUUGAGGAGUAAAUGGAAAAGAAAGUGUAGAGCAAUCAAAAGAGUUCGUUAUGGCGAGAAAGAGUUGACCAGGUUGAAAAAAACACUGGGGAUUGAUGAAAAUGCACCAAUAGAUACUGAGAUGAAAGAAAUCCAGGAUAUUGCCACUGUAACAAGUGCAGCAGCAAUCAAAGAAAGCAAAAAUGUUAAAGAAAAUGAAACUGAAAAUGUUGAGAAUGAGAAGAUGGAUGAUGGUACUGCCCGUAUUUAUAAUAAAAAAACCAUGCGAGAUCAGUAUGGAAACUAUCCAGUUUGGAUGAAUCACAGAAAAAUUGUAAAACACAAAAAAGGCAGAGCAAAAACUCAAAAAGCUACUACAAAGAAAGACAAAAGGUUAACAAGGAAAGACAAAAAAAAAAUCAAAGACUAGGAGUUAUUAGGAUUACGUAUAAGUAGAAAUUUGUGUUAUACAAACGCUAUUUUUCAUGUGAGUUGUUCUAAGUAAAAAAUAACAACUCCACUAGUUAUUUAAAAAAAUGGUUUAUCAUAAAUCACCACCUUAUGGAUGAAAUUUGAAAAUUAUUACUUUUUAUAAUAAAGUACAAAAAAUAAAUGCACAUUGGUAUUAAAACACUCAUUCC